AUGUCCGGAGAAGCCUGGCUAUACCUGAUAGCCGUCCUCAUCAAUGCCGUCAACCUCUUCCUUCAAGUCUUCUUCACCAUCAUGUACAGCGAUCUGGAAUGCGACUACAUCAAUCCUAUCGACCUCUGCAACCGCCUCAACACCUACAUUGUCCCCGAAGCUGCUGUCCACGCUUUCCUCACCAUCCUCUUCCUCGUAAACGGUUACUGGAUCGCCUUGAUCCUCAACUUGCCGCUCCUUGCCUGGAACGCAAAGAAGAUCUUCGAAAACCAACAUCUCCUGGAUGCGACCGAGAUUUUCAGAAAGCUCAACGUUCAUAAGAAGGAAUCUUUCAUCAAGCUCGGCUUCCACCUGGUCAUGUUCUUCUUCUACCUCUACAGCAUGAUCGUCGCCCUUAUCCGCGACGAGUCGCACUAA